AUGUGUCGUUUUUUAAUUUUUAAGGGGAAAGAACCUAUACGUCUGUCGCAUCUUCUGACGAACCCAGCCCAUUCAAUCAUAAACCAGUCUUUCGAUAGCAGGUUGCGGCUUGAUGCAAGGCGCCCCAUUAACGGAGAUGGAUUUGGUGUUGCAUACUAUUCCGACGACGAGGAACUGAAUAAUGGAGGUCCAUGUGUGUUCAAGGCGAUCACGCCAGCUUGGAACAACCUAAAUCUGGAAUCUUUAGCUGAAAAGACGAAAUCAAGCCUUGUUUUUGCGCAUGUGCGGGCUUCUACCUAUGGAGUUUUAUCAUCCAGUAACUGUCACCCUUUUACGUAUCAUAUGUUUACUUUCAUGCACAAUGGCGGCAUCGCAAAUUUCAAGUUGAUCAAGAAGCGACUGCUGAACAAGAUAGAAGACGAAUAUUUCAACCUUAUACAAGGUGGUACUGAUUCUGAGUACUGUUUUGCGUUGUUUUUGGACACGCUACAUAAGCUAGGUCACGAUCCCACAAGCUCAAAGCCUGUGAAUCACAGAACUCUGCGUGAAGCGCUCUUGAAGACCAUCGAGUACAUUCGGGAUUGGACCAAAGAGGUUUCAACCGCUCCAGGAGCAGCACACGAGCCCUCCUUGCUCAACUUUGCUGUAACCGAUGGAGAAACAGUAGUCGUAUCUCGCUAUGUCACAUCAAGAACAGACGAGGCGGCAUCGCUGCAUUUCAGCUGUGGCUCCAGUUUUGUUGAGUCUGCACCAGGCGAGUACCGGAUGGAGCGUCUUGAUCGCAAGCAGUACGUAGUUAUGGUUGCAAGUGAACCGCUUACUUUUGAACGGGGAGACUGGACUGCGAUGCCCACUAACAGUUUCCUAACAAUCAAGAACCAAUCAGUGCUUCUGCAUCCUAUUAUAGACGAAUACUACCAAGAAGAUCCACUAUACGCAAGAGAUACGCUUCUCGCAGAAAGCAAGGGUCUCAUGGGUUCGAUUCCAGUUUCUAAAGCCACUGCCAAAGAUGUUCCUCCAUUGGAGAGAGAAGGUAGAGCAGCAAUGUACAUGAAAGACUGUUGA